GCGUACCCGGCAGGGCUGCACAUAAAUGCAGCAGAAGCAAAGCAGUACCAGAGACUAACCACAGCAGAAUUGAAGCAAAGCAGUACCAGUAACGGACGCGCGAGAGCGAGAGCGAGCCGAUCGAAGCGAGGCGGCGGCGGCGGCGGCGAGACGAGACGACAUGGACUCCAACGGCAACUCCGACGACCGCUCCCUUAACCCUGACGCCGGAGACAUCGUCCUCGGCAUCGGAUCCAGCCGCUCCCGCAUCAUCGACCAGGAGAUAGAGGAGAUGCAGAGGAAGCUGCGGGAGUUGGGAGAGGAGAUAGAUCUAGCCAUCGUUUCACUGAACGAACAGAUCGAGAUGACAACUGAUCAGAUCUCUGGUGUAUCUGCUGAGGAAGAAGAAGACCCAGCUGUAGCAAUCGCGCGGCAUAAGUCAGAGGUGGAUUCUCGCUCCAUCUAUGUUGGAAAUGUUGACUAUGCUUGCUUACCAGAGCAAAUACAGGCCCAUUUUCAAGAUUGUGGAGCUAUAAACAGAGUUACAAUUUUGAUUGAUGAUUUUGGUGAUCCCAAGGGGUAUGCUUAUGUGGAGUUUGCAGAAGUUGAGGCUGUCGAAAAAGCUCUACUGAUGAAUGAUACAAAACUUCUUAACCGACCAAUGAAGGUGUCUCCAAAAAGAACUAAUGUUCCAGGAAGGACGCACCCAUGGGGAAGGCGUCCAUUUCAGCCCUAUCCAACAUAUGGGAAAUUUCCAAGGUUCAGGAGGCCGCAAGGAUACAGUCCCUACUACUGAUUCUGCCAAGUCAGCAUGCAUGACAUAGUCUUGUUCUAGUCGAACCUUCGUCAAACCUUGACAAUGUAUUUCUUCCUUAGAAAUGACCCUCUGUUUUAAAUUAUCUUACAUUCAGUUGGUCUGGUGGAUUUCAUACCAUUGCUUUAGCUGUUAAUGUGUUUAAGACAAAAUUGUUGGUGAAUUAAGUCAUGUACUCGAUCUGUUUGCUUUGAUGAGUUCUACUCCAUCAAAGCAAAAACUUGUGGUGAAGUUUCUGCAACCGUGUACAAUCAUGUUUGUUGGUUUA